CGGAGACGAACAGUGAACUGUGAACGUGAACACUGAACACUGAACAGACGAGGCCGAGCCCGAGAUCGAUGCGCUCAGACUUUCUUAGUUUGUUAGCGUUCGUUCAAAUUUGUUAGUUGGACAAUUUAUUUGACAUUCUUGUGAUCUUGAGCAAAUUUUGGUUUGAUUAUAAUUUUAAAACAAUUUAACAUCACACUAAAUCACCUGUGCAGUGCAUUGUGUUAAGGAAAUGUGUAAUUUAUUUAGUGGGGUUAUCCCUGUUUUCUGGAUAUUAAUACCAUACAGCGGAAUCUUUGCUUCUACAGAAUGGACCAAACAGACGUUACAGUACAAGGUGGAACAUCCGGAACUGGGAGUGAGGGAGAAGUUAGACCUGGCACUACUGCCGCAGACUGAGAGGGAGGGGAGGUAUCGCAGGUAUGUGCCGGAGGGUCCGACAGACGGAGUGUUGCCGAGGUACAUCCACAACAACGACAAGUUCCUCACAGGACCUCAGCUCAACAUCAAUGCACCACCUAGGCAGACCAAGGACUUAAAGUUGGACGACAGACCACCAGCUGCUCCUCCAUCGAGCAUUACAGAUAACUCAGCGUCUAGAGCAACUCCUCCUCCCCCCGCUGCAUCACAACCCCCCACCACUGCGGAGACCAACAAGUCUGUCAUCUUGUCAGCGGAACUCUACAGUCCUGAAAAUGUGCCUCCCAGUUUAAAGGUGUCGGAUGAACUUCCCAUCACCAAGUUUACAGAUGAUAUGAUAAAUAGUACGAUGAAACAGAACAAUCUGACUUCCAAACAAGAGGACUACCACGUUUACUACAACAGCACGUUCAUAGUGGACUCCCAGAUCGGCUCCUCUUACUGGGUGGACUUUGACAAACUGGAGAAUGCAAAAGUCAAUGAAAUGUUAUCCAAGUCUCAUCGCAGGGCUGCUACUGUGAAGCUGUCGUUUGACUUCCCGUUCUACGGACAUUUGGUGCGCAACGUGACCAUCGCCACAGGAGGGUUCCUCUACACAGGAGAGUACGUACAUUCAUGGUUGGCCGCAACACAGUACAUCGCUCCUCUCAUGGCCAACUUUGACACUAGCAUCAGUAACGACUCGUACAUCAAGUAUUUUGACAACGGCACUGCAUUCACUGUGCAGUGGGAAAAAGUAGUGCUUCAGGACAAACCGAACACGGGAGAAUUCACGUUCCAAGCGACACUUCACAACACUGGAGACAUUGUGUUUGUCUACCAAAAUGUCCCCGUUAUCAUUGAAAAUAUUCAAGAUGACCAACAUCCAGUCAAAGUGGGUCUGUCCGAUGCAUAUAUCAUCGACAGGACUAUCUUCUUUGUCAGAAGAAAGACUAUCUAUGAAUAUCAUCGCGUCAACUUCAAGAAGGAAGACAUCAAGAACUGGACAGUGAUCUACUUGAACGCUCUACCUACCUGUAUGGAGAAAAAAGACUGCCACUCCUGUGUCAGCUCUCAAAUAGGUUUUGAUUGCAAGUGGUGUGGCAGUGUUGGCCGCUGCUCCACUGGUAUGGACCGCAAGAGACAAGACUGGCUAAGCAAUGAGUGCGACAGACUGGAACUGUCGACAACGACGCAGUGCGACCAACUGCUCAGAGAGACUGAACAUCAUCCUAGCGCCAGUGCCGCAGCAUCUCCUGAUACUGAUGCCCCUUCGGAAUGGAGAAGAACGAACCCUGAACAGGGGGUUCAUCAGGGAGAGAUGAGUGAUGGAGCUAGGUUAGGCAGCUCAAGCUAUCUAGGAGCUGCGUUCCUCAUCGUGCUGGUCGCGGGUGUCGCAGUCUGGGCGUUGUAUGCUUACAGCAACCCACACUCGUACUCCGGCCAGAUCCUCAUCAGGUACCGUCCAAGUCAGUGGAGCUGGCGGAGAGGAGAGGCGAGGUACACGGCCGCUACAAUACACAUGUGACGCUCGGAACACGAAACUACAGACGUAGAUUAAAAUUUGACUAAGCAUCAAACGUAUCAUGUGACAUAACCGUCAGAAAUUUCAUUCACAAAUGUAAAACAUACGUUAUUAAAUUAGGUUUACGAUUUUCGCUAUGCAUUUUUGGUACAUACUCAUUGAAUGUUUGAAUUUUUACUCUAGAGUCUAGUGAAUCAAUAUGUUUGUUUGGUCUUUUGUUAAAUACAGUGCACAAAUGCUUCAGUAUGAAACAACUACAUCUGAACAUUAAUAACGCUUUUACGGGAGGGUCAGAUUUAACUUGUUAUUGAUACAAUUCUGUGAUUUAUCUUUUAUUGUUAUAGAGACUCUCUGAAUUUGUUGAAUGAGAUCAAUUUUGUUUCAAUGUAAAAUAUUAAAUGUGUAAUUCGUAUUUGAUUUAAAUAGUUGUAAUUUUAAUUUUAUUUAGUUUUAAUUAGAGAUGUACUUUAGCUAGGUAGAAUCUCAUUAUUUUGACAAAAGACACUGGCAAAUGUGGUUGCCUUACCACUUUUUGUAAAUAGUAAUAUAUUGAAAAUUGACCCUUGGAUAUUCCGUUGCAAUUUUUAUCCAUGGUAUGUCAUGAAACAGAAAUUAAUUUUUGUUUACAUGUUGUUCAAAGUUGGACUUAUAUUUAAUUUUAGUAUAUAUUACAUUUUGGAUUGUUGCUUUAUAGCUCAUGCCAAGUUUUACUUACCAAGUAGACCUAUACAUAUUACCUAGGUUAAAUAAAAUAUUGCAGCAAACACCUUUAUCAUUAUGACAAGUACAAUUUAAAGGGCUUCCUACUGUUUCAAUGUGCUUACUGUACCAUAUCAAUUUAAAAAACAAUCUUUUGAGCAAAUUAGCAUAUUAGCUCAAAAUGAAUUUUUCAAGUAGACACCACAGUUAGUACGUUAUAGGUGUGUGCUUUAAAUUUUAGCUAGAAUUAGUUAACUUCGAUUCAGCCAAAUCCUGUUUAAAUAACACAGAUGGUAUUAUGAGCAAAUGAAAAAUAUUGAAAUCAAGGAUGUAUAGUUAUAUUUUUUGUACACCAGAAAAUUACUUUUUUACCUACAUUAACAUUUGAAACAUAAUUGUAUGCUCCUCUUUUGUGGACAUCAUACUUAAGAAUCAUAAAUAAGUGCCUGUUUUUUAAUCAUGAUAAAAAUAAACCAUUCUACACUACCAUCGGGAUUCAGACAACCUUGUCAAAUUUAAACCUUUUAGUCUAAUGCUAUAAUAACAUUACAUUAAUCUAUAGUGUGAGUCUAAUUAAUCAUUUUGGAAUAUUGUAGUUUUAUUUUUGGCAAAAGUGAUGGAAGUUUUUUAUCUACCACAAAUCUAAUGUAACACUUCAUGUUACACAUCUGGUUUAUAUUAUCAGGUAGUUCUUGUAUAAAGAGUAUAUAAAUAAUGACUACAAAUAUUUGGUGUUGUAAAAUGAAUAUUUUUAGGUAAAAACUAUGAUAAUUUAAUUUUACACAUUUUCUUGUGCUUCCAUUUUCAAUUUUUUUUUUAUUUCUUGUUUUCAAUUUGGUGGAAUUGAACUAUCAAUACAAAACUUUAUUUUCUGUUUGUUUAUUGAAGCCAAAACCAAAUCAAACACAUUUUGUAAGUAGCUUAUUUGUCAAAUUUGCUAUAAAAUUAUCAUAGUGGUGUAAUUUUUACAAUUUCAACUUGUAAUGUGUUCAAUUGAUGUAUAAACAGCAAUUAACUGCUGUAUAGAAACAAUAAAUACAAAAGCUUAACUGCAACUAUCUUUAACAUAACUUUCUUGCGAAGCAGUCAGUGUAUUUUAACAUUAAAAACAAUAUUGUGUUCAUGUUCACUAUGCACUAUGCCUUAACAAACUCAAAUUAAUGCAUUUUUGCUUUUGCAAUUUUUUAAUGUUUUAUUUUAGUAUACAGUUGUUGUUUCUAUGUUCGAUUUGUGUUUUAAUAAUUUGUAGCUAUUUUUUGUUAUUUUACCAUACAGUAGACUCCCUCUUAUACGGACUCCUCGGGACCGAGGCCAGUCCGUAUAGCUGUUUUUCCGGAUAAACUGACGUCUCCAAAAACUUGUUAAAACGUUUAACAGUUUAAAUGCAUACUGUAGGCCUAUACAGUAUUUAACUUAAAUUAAGACACUUGAUCACUGGUCUCAAAUCUUUCCCACGAGAACAGUCGUCUCAGUACCGCCCACUUCCUGCCGAUCUACUCCAGUUAAACCGAUGUGCUGAUUAAAGUUGUCUGGUUAAAGAUAUGUCAUUUCUGCCGAGUGUAGUACGGUUAAAAGGCGUCCGGAUAAGAGGGAGUCUACUGUAAUACUUGUUAUUUUGUGUAUUUCAAGUCGGUUGUGAAUCUAUUGACUUUUUCUGUUGAAAAUCUUUUUUGACAGUGUGUCACAUCUCACAAAUUGUCAGUUUGGUUGUUUCUUUUACACAUUUAAUGUUGUAAGUGUUCCCUAUAUUAUUGUCAACUUACACAACAAGUAUAUGGUUUGACUUGUUGGUUAACCUCUGUAAAUUUCUUCAGUUAGCUUUUGUUGAUUUGUCAUAAUAAACCGAUUGACUACAUUGCCUAAAAAUUUCUAUCAACGAUGUUUGUUAAUAAUUUAAAAUGUUUUCUUUCAAUUUUAAAGAAAUUAAACUUUGAUGGCAUUCACUAUAUUUUCCUGUAAGCUUAAAAAAAUGUUUUUAAUUUCAAGUUAGCCCUUGUUAACUAGUUAACAGCCCUUUAAUAGUGAAAUAAUGUUUAUUACACUAUUGCUUUCUUAUUUAAAUUUAGAACCACUGUAAUACCAAUGAAUACAAACCUUAAGAAACUAAAUGCCCAUGUUAAAAAUUAUGCCUGGGAUUUAUUAAUUUUGGCAAGUUUCCGUGGCAACCGGAAAGGCGCUGCUAUCGAGAUCCCACGGCAAUGUGAGUAAGACAGAGAAUUGGCAUAAAGAGAGAAGGGAGAGAGAGAGGCUAGCGCAUAUCUAGCUUCGACCGCACAAAGCUCAUUUUGGUGGCAAAAUCCAGUCUGACUAUUCCCAAUAAAGAUUUUGCUUCAUAUAAGGUUUGUAUUCAUUGGUAAUACUUAAAAAAGUUUUUAUAACCUUUUGAACUGUGUUGAUACAAAUCUUUUACUAUCCAAUAAACAUGCAUAACCUAUUAUAUUAGGUCUGUAAUUGUGUAUUUUUAACAUAUUUAGACUAUUCUUGACAAAAAUCUGCCACAAAAGCCUAGGGUUGUGCCUUUAUUUUUUAUAUUGCAACGGAGACACCUAUUUAUCCUAGUAACAAUUUUGUACUUGUAAAUAUAUUUUUAGAAAUAUACUAUUAAACAUUGUACAUUAA